AUUGCAAACUCUAUUCAUUAAAAAUGGCGCAAAAGAAAUCCAACAGCCUGGUCGACUCGUAUCUGGUAGCCUACAAUGCCGCAUCGUUCGUUGGCUGGUCCUACGUGCUCUUCCAAACCGUGACAUAUCUUUUGGAGCACGGCACCGACCUCUCGGGGCUGUUCGACCAGGUCGGCUAUGCGGUAAUCUACGUGCAGACAGGUGCGCUCCUGGAGAUCGUGCACUCGCUGCUUGGUUUUGUGCGCUCGAGCGUUCUGCCGGUUCUCACACAAGUGUACUCACGGCUGCUGUUGGUCUGGGGCACGCUGUAUGUGUUUGACCAGCCCGAGGUGCGUGCCUCGUACGGCUUCGUUCUGAUUCUGCUGGCAUGGUCGAUCACUGAGUGCGUGCGGUACAGCCACUACACGCUGUCGCUGCUGGGCAUCCAGUCGCCGACGCUGCUGUAUCUGCGGUACACGCUGUUUUACGUUCUGUAUCCGACUGGCUUCUCGGGCGAGAUGCUGGAGAUGUGGGCGGCGCUGCCGUUUGCCGGUGCGAUUCGGCCAGCCUUCAAGGGGUUCCUGCUGCUGAACAUUAUCAACUACCCGCCUGUGCUGUACAAGCUGUAUACGCACAUGAUCCGCCAGCGCCGCAAGGUCCUGGGCGGUGAGACCAAGCCCAAGAAGGCAGUGGCGAGCACUACGGCUGCGACCAAGAAGAAGCUCUGAAAGAUAGGGGGAGAUAGUAAGUAGCAAUACGCCAUCACCUUUCUGCUACUGUUUCUUAAUAUACGGAGUUUUAUUUUA